AUGGAGGUCCCAGAUCGCCCGAUUAGCUUCGUGCCCGCCGAAGCCGGCGAGACAAUAAGCCUUGGUCCAGCUCUCAAGCUCCGGGUCAUGGAAGAUGGAUCCAACACCGGUAAGCACCCUACGAACAAACCUGGAAAGAGACCCUCGACCCAAGCUAAAAGUCCUGUAGAUAUGCGCCUGAGCGCUGUAGAGCUAAUAAUCCCGCCCAGAACGGCGGGCCCGCGGCCCCAUUGGCACGAGAUGCACGACGAAACCUUCCUCGUCACGAAAGGAACUGUACGCUUCCACAUCCCCGGGAAACCGGAUGUCGAUGCUAGCGCGGGCGACUAUGUGGUUGUGCCGACGAGGAGUCCUCAUACGUUCUCCAACUCAACGGACGAAGAGGCACGGUUCUUUAAUACCUUCACACCGGCGUUCUAUAUUAAUUAUUUCAAGAUCCUGGGGGAGUUCGCGAAGGAAGGCGGCCUGACGCCGGAGGUGAAUAAGAAGGCAAUGGCUUAUUUUGCUACUUUGCCUGUGCCUGAACCAUGA